CAAAAGUCAGAAACUCUAUCACAAUUCCAUCCGAAGCUCGUUCCGAUGGCGACCACGAAAAUCUUCUUCUUCUUCUCCUCCUCCUCCACCACUUUCUCUCUCUACGUCUCCGUCAUCUCUCUCCUCUCCAUCGCCUCUGCCUUCUCCCCUGUCGAUCACUACCUCGUCAACUGUGGUACUCAUUCCGCCGGAACUUCGGACCUCGAUCACCGAGUAUUCACCGGCGACGCCUCCCGAUUCCUCACCUCGACCCUGACGAUACAACUCGAGAGCACCGAUUCACAGCUCACUUCCCCUUCCCCCUUCUAUUCAACCGCUAGAGCCUUCGAUCAUCCCGCGCAUUACACGUUCCCGAUCAGGGAUAGGGGAACCCACCAUUUGGUACGCCUCCAUUUUCACCCAUUUCGGAAUAAUUAUAACGAUUUACUUGAAGCUGAAUUUCAUGUCGUCGCCAAUAAAUUUUUGUUAUUACGCAACUUUCGCAUCCCGAAAACCGAUAAUUUCCCAGUAAUUAAGGAGUUUGUUAUCCCGGUUGCUUCCAAGGAGUUGAAAAUCGCGUUUGUGCCCUCAGGGAAAUCGAAAUUCGGUUUCGUGAACGCGAUUGAAGUGAUUUCGGCUCCGCAAGAUUUAAUUGCCGACGUGGCGCAGUUGGUUGAUUCUGAGAAGAAUGAGUGGGUUAAUGGGUUACUGAAAAAUGGUUUUGAGACUGUGCACAGAGUGAAUGUGGGAGGUUUUAAGGUGACCCCGUUUAAUGAUUCUCUAUGGAGGACUUGGGUGACAGAUGAUGAUUACUUGGUAUCAAGUGAUGGCUCCAAAGAGAUUCAUUUUGGGGGCCGAAUUAUGUACCAAAUGGGUGGGGCGAGUAGGGAAGUGGGGCCGGAUAAUGUGUACAAUACCGCGAGAGUAAUUAAAAGCUCUGAUGAUUCGAUUCCGAAUGGGAAUUUAACAUGGUCGUUUCGAGUGGAGAAGGGUUAUAGUUAUAUGGUGCGGAUGCAUUUUUGUGAUAUAGCAAGUGUGGCUGCAGGCAUGCUUUACUUCAACGUGUAUGUGAAUGGGAAUUUAGCUUAUGAGAACUUGGAUUUAUCGUAUAUGACAAAUAGACUGUUGGCUUCGCCGUUCUAUGCUGAUUUUCUGGUUGAUGGGGAUAGUUCCGGAAAUUUGCUUGUGAGUGUGGGGCCGUCAAACAUGAGCUUGCCGCGAGCUGUUGAUGCCAUUCUCAAUGGGGUUGAGAUAUGGAAGUUGAAUAAUUCGAUGGGUAGUUUUGAUGGGGAGGUUUGCUCAGAUUUUGUUUGGAGGAGCUGGAGAAGGGGGCAUGCAGGAGUUUUGCUUCCUCUGGUUGCUGCUGUAUUCUUGUUGCUAUCUGUGUCUGUGUUUUUGCAGUGGAGAAGGAGUGGUGCUGUGGCGUGGUCGCGGUUGCCUGUGGAUGUUUCUGAAGCUGAUUUGAAGAGUGGCAAUCGUUUCUGACCCAUUAAAGUUUGAUGGCUUUGCAGAAUCAACUCACUCUUCUGGUCUUUUUUAUUUGAAGAUUCUGGUGAUAGUUAUUUCGUGUCUCAAGAAGCUGCUAUUGUCUUAUGCUUUAAGUAAAUACAUGUGAAGGAUUGUAGUUUUAGCGAUGCCACUUCAAUUAUUCUACACCCUACUAUAUCUUUGUUUUUUUCUCCUAUGGCCAUAAUCUUCAAACCUAUAUUUGUUUCAUUUAGUUAAUCAAGUGUGGAAUACAGGUUAUUACUACCAUAUAUUAUUAUCUCCAAUCUUGUGUAAGAAAAUAUUUCUGCAAAGAUUUGUGGCAUGGAUAUCUUAUUAUGAAUGUGUCAUUGGAUAUUC